UAAGUGUGCUCUGAAAGCUCUGCACACAGGGAAAGCAGCUGAGCUGGGUUUAUAGGCAGCUGCCACCAGUACCACCUUACUGUGCUGCUCACCUGCCAGUGUGGGGCAUGGCAGCCACUCGGCACAUAUGGACGCCCUGGGCUGGGUUCUAGGGGGAGAGUUCACAGGGGAAGGAAAGGCAGGUCCAUGGAUGGAUGACAGGAAGAGUGGAGGGGAGGAGCGUGUGUCAGCUACGCCCAGGUCAAUCCUGGAAAAAACUGUCUCUUGUUUAUCUUAUAGACAGUGCAUUGAGAGCUCAGAGGUAGGCAGGAGGGGCCCAGGGGAUGCACAGCAUCACAGUGUGGCACGACUGACCCCUCGCUUUAGCUGUCACCUUUGGGAGCAUGAUGAGUGUUGAGCACCUCCCACAGGGUUUGUCUAAGUUACAUGUGUUGUGUUGCUCCCAGCUUACCCCAUCACUUGCACACCAGCUGACAGUCCUGUGUGUUGUCAUGUUAAGGCUGGUGGCUGGCAGGAUGUGCCCUCAAGGGCCCCGGCCACUCAGGCCUCGCUCUGCUUUCUCUCUGGAAAGGGAUCUGUCCUACAUCAAGAUCAUGGACGUGGGGCAGAGCUACGUGGUGAACCGAGUGGCUGACCAUAUCCAGAGCCGCAUCGUGUAUUACCUCAUGAAUAUCCAUGUCACGCCCCGCUCCAUCUACCUGUGCCGGCAUGGGGAGAGUGAGCUCAACCUCAAGGGCCGGAUCGGCGGGGACCCGGGACUCUCCCCCCGGGGCAGGGAGUUUGCCAAGAGUCUGGCCCAGUUCAUCAGUGAUCAGAACAUCAAGGACCUGAAGGUCUGGACCAGCCAGAUGAAGAGGACAAUCCAGACGGCCGAGGCCCUGGGUGUGCCUUAUGAGCAGUGGAAGGUCCUCAAUGAGAUAGACGCGGGUGUCUGUGAGGAAAUGACCUACGAGGAAAUUCAGGAUCAUUACCCACUGGAGUUUGCCCUGCGGGACCAGGACAAGUACCGGUACCGAUAUCCUAAAGGGGAGUCCUACGAGGACCUGGUCCAGCGACUUGAACCUGUCAUCAUGGAACUGGAGCGGCAAGAAAACGUGCUGGUCAUCUGCCACCAGGCUGUGAUGCGCUGCCUCCUGGCCUAUUUCCUCGACAAGGCGGCAGAACAGCUGCCUUACCUCAAGUGUCCUCUGCACACCGUCCUGAAGCUGACCCCUGUGGCUUACGGUUGUAAAGUGGAGUCCAUAUUCCUGAACGUGGUGGCUGUGAAUACGCACCGGGACCGGCCUCAGAAUGUAGACAUAUCGAGGCCUUCAGAGGAAGCCCUUGUCACAGUCCCUGCUCACCAGUGACUGUGUCUCAUCCACGUCAACCCCUGGCCAGAUGUUGAUCUCUGCAGACAAGGUCAUUCCAGGCCCCGCGGGCCAUGUGACAGUCACCAUGCAGGAACACCCUCAAAGCCAUAUGUGGCUGGUGGUGCCCGGAACCCCCGCCCCAGUCCGCCUGCUUCCUGUUGACAGCGAAGGGGUUGUACCUGGUGCCCGACCUGCUGCUAAAAAUCACUCAGCCAGACUGUGCCUAUUCAGGCCGGUGAGAAGUUGCCCAGCACCGGACCCUUCUGUUGUCACUUUGGGCAUCCUCUCUCACCAGUCGGGUUGGCUUCAUGAAGUAUGAAACCCUAAAAUGUGAAAUGGAAAGCACUUGCUGUGAUGUUCCCACCAUGGCUGAGCUGCCUAGAGUGGACGUGGGGACCCCUGCAGGGCCCCUGCAGUCCUGUCUGUGGCCACUUCUUGAGUCAGAGGCAAGGUCUUUGUGGGCUCCUGAGUUCCACUGCCUCCGGUCAGAGGAGAGCCCACCCUGCCCUGCCCCGAACUGAAAGCUUCCGCCAUGGCAGACAUCUUGACUGGCCUGGGCCAUCUGUCUGAGCCACUCAGGAAAGCAGUGUGCUCACUUCAGCACAGUGCAAUGUGCAGAAGUCUGUAGGGAGCACAGCGUUUGCAGCCACCUUCCCAGGCGUAUACACUGGAGUACUUGUGGGAGCUGGUGGCCAAGGCCGCCCCUUCCCGACUGCUCCCAUGGUGAAACCACGGAAAGACAGGGCAUUGUAUGAGUUACCCUUCCCAGUGCACAUGCCCAGGUGCUCAAGGGAGAGGCUGCCGUCCCAUCACCCCUCCUGGCCCUGCCCGCCGGGCUACCUCCCGCCCCUGGGGGGGCAGGGGCAUGCAUUUGCUGUGAAUGAUUGAGAAAAGCUUGUUGUGGUCCUGUAAUGCCUGUCCUGGCAUUUGUUGCCCUCCACCUGUGGGACUGAGCAGGGGGGAGGCUGGAACCCGGAGGCAGCCUUGUCCACGGGGGAUUUUUCCCAGACACAUCACAGCUUUUGAUUCAUGUGAAUGGGAGCCUGUUGGAAAUCUGCCAUCUGUCAUGCUCCCGAGUUCUUUUGGGCUCAGAGAGGCAUGCCAGGCAGCGCUUUCUGGCUCCAUUUUAUAGCUGGGCAACCAGGCUGGCCAGCAGGUUGGGGGCUGGGUGAGAACGUGUCUGGGUUUGUAGUCGGAUGCCUGCUGUCCACAGAUGGACCUUGGUGAAGCUAGGCCCCAGGAUCCCAAAUCCACUUUGUACCUUAAACCUAGGCUGGGCCUGGCAGACAGCCUACCUUUCUCAGUCCCCCAGGUGCCACCUGCCCCUGAAGGAAGUCCGUGACCCUGGCCCCGGCUCAUGGUCUCAGUUUUGUGUGCUGCAGCUGUGGACAGACAUGGUUGAGAGAUGUCCAUGUGGUGAUGCAGCUGGGUCCUCCUUCUGGACUUAUCUCCUGUCAGACCCCCAAGCCCCUUAGACCCAGUGCCACUGCCUUUGUGACAUGGGGACAUCAGUCUUUCCUUCUGUGUCCCCUGGAGUUUUGGUGACUUUUGGUCACCUGGACAUACUCACUUAGUCAGUGCCAUGUACAUCUGGAUGUCACCACCUCACCGGGACCUCAGGCUGGCUGAGGUGCGAGCAGUGAGGCCUUUUCAUUCUGUGUCUCAAGGAUUGUGACAAGGCAGAGGGAAGUGUGGGAUCACAGCCUGGGCUGGGGCAGCCCCUCCUCACCCCUGCCUUGGAGUGGUCUCUGUACGGGCUGUAACUGCCUGGCUGGCUGCCAGGCUUUAGCCCUGAGAGUCGAUGCUUGUGUUGUAGAUGUUUUACUGCUCUCCCUGGAAGGGGUGGUGUUGGAUCUCAGCCACACAGCAUACUGUGUCCAGCAUUCUUUGCAAUAAACACUUUUUAAAAGAAAUCUG